GGUUUCUCAGUCUUCGCUUUCAAAGAAUGGAACAAAAACGAAAAAUGUCUGGUCUAUAGUCCUGCGUAUCCAUCUGCUGGGGGUGCAGGCUGUAGCGCGCCAUGCACAGCAAAGCAAGGGAAGAAAACCUCGAUGUAUGGGGCAGCGUUUUAUAACGAUAACCACCAAAUCUGGCCGAAAGAGCUCGUCGCAAACAUGGAAAUUGCUGCUUCAAUUGUGAAAAAGUUCGGUCAACCCCUUGCUUUAAACACAGAGGGAAAGCGUGAACUUCAUCUAACAUUUGACUACUAUUGCUGCUACACAGAGGAAGAAGGAAUCAAAAUCGGGCAGUUUUUGAACGAUUACUCGUGGACACCGCAUGAAGUAUGGUUUGAUGAAAUGAAAUGUGUCAUCUACGGCUACGAUGAUGCAGCUGCUCUUGUGCUCGUCGUUGACAAAAAAUCACAGGAGGAUUUGACUCGUUGGGCUCUGAAGAACGAGCAAGAUCUCGGAGUCAAAACCGGUGUAAACAAACAUAUCCCACACACAAGCUUAGAAAGCUUCCAUAUGACCCUUGCAUUACUAAACCAAAGCCAUUUUCCAGUGCAAUCGACGGUUGAAGAAAUCAACCGAGUUAUUUCACCAGGAAAAUGGCAUAGAACGCCUGUUAUUCUUCAACGUCCAGUUUGUCGCGGAUGCCAAAAGUUAAUAAAACGCCUUUAUUACAUGUAAAUACAUGACAUCAGCGACAAACUAACAGUCAGAAUUAACUAUGCUCUACUGAGAGAUGUUUUGUAACUAAAUUUUCUAGCUUCUUAAUAACACCCCUUUUUAAUACUUUUGUCAAAAGAAAUAUUGUUUCAAUUCUGGUGUGAAUGAUUUAAUUUGAAUUCAGUUGAGAAUAUUAUAACCUUAACGCUAUCUUUUUGUCUUCGCUGUGGCUAAUAUGGCCGGUAACCGGUGAAAGUCUUCAAAACACUACAUGACCGGCAGUCCUAUAUUCUCAGUAAACACAAAAUCGAAAAAUCCCAGCAAAUCUUAAUUAUCACAUGUCCAUGAAGAAAAGUCAAGCGAUCCUGAAAUGCUUUAUAGAUCACAAGUAUAGCGUUUGGUUUACGCUGGGCUCAGAAGGCGAAAACAUGUUUUGUGACACUUGAAACUUUUUCAGCUCGACUGCCGGUCAAGGUUUCAAAACACUAAACGACGGGCAGUCCUAUAUUCUCAGUAAUUUUCACAAAUCGAAACAAUCCAGCUAAUCUAAACUACCAUUUUUAACUUUAAGGAAACGACCUGCAGGUUAAUAUAUUGGGUGGGAAAAGUAAAAUUUACGACCCUUGCGUGACUUUUUAAACUCGCGUGACUGUAAUAUUAGAACUGACAACAAAGAAUUAGGGAAGCCAUGUUUUCUGGAAGACGCAGUCAACAAAAUUACAUUAUUUUGUUUGUUUUGAUUGCCUGUUGCGUGCUGCUUUUACUCCUUAAAUGGCCAUUCUACCUCAAGUUUUCCGGUAAGUCUGAAAGAUGUCUGGUUUAUAGUCCUCCAUAUCCUUCUGCUGGUGGCCCGGGCUGUCGUCCAAGAUGUGUCGAUAAAGAAGGGAAGAAAAAGUCCAUGUAUGGGUCCGGCGCGGCGUUUUAUAACGACAUCCACCAAACCUGGCCCAAAGAACUUGUCAAGAAUAUGAAACUUGCCGCGUCAAUUUUGAAAAAGUACGGUCAGCCACGAAGCAUAGACACAGAAGGCGGCCGAGAACUUCAUCUCACGUUUGACUACUACUGCUGUUACACGGACGAAGAAGGAAUUAAAAUCGCGCAGUUUUUGAACAGUUAUUCUUGGAAGCCCCACGAGGUAUGGUUUGAUAGGUUAGAAUGUGCUAUCCACGGCUACAAUGAUGCAGUUUCUCUUGUGCUUAUGGUUGACAAAAAAUCACAAGAGGAUUUAACUGGAUGGGCGCUAAAGAACGAGCGAGAUCUCGAAAUUAGAACUGGUGUACACAAACAUAUUCCACACACACGUCUGCAAAACUUUCACAUGACCCUUGGAACGGUAAAUCAAAGUUAUUUUCCAGUACAAUCAGCAGUUGAAGAAAUCAACAGAGUUAUUCCACGAGGAAAAUGGCACAAAACUCCUGUAAUUCUUCGCCGACCAGUUUGCUAUAGAUGCGACAAGUUACUUACUAGCAAAUCUAAAAUUGAUUGAAAGGAAAUUGUAAAAAACCAAGGAGCUGUAAACCUUCGUUAAAGUGAAGACAAACCUUGAUUCAUUCUCUGAGGCUAUGUUUUCUUACUGAUUUGCCUCAUAGGUUGUUGGUGUUUUUAUAGGAAUUAACAUAUUUUGUGACCGUUUGUACAACGCGCCUCUAUAUAAAGAUCUGAUCAGUAAACAGUGGUAAAAAUUUCAAGUAGACAUAUUAAAUUUUGCAAACAGAAUACUGCAAUGCUGAUAGUACAACGUAAAAAUUAACUUUGCAAGACAUCAUGAACACGAUACUAAAAGAACUACAAGUAUGUCUAUGUGUAAAUAUAUAAACAGCUGGAGAGUUCGCAAAUCUUGGAAACAAUUUUUCAGACACUCUUUCUCUCUAUUUCCCUGCUGGCAGAGGCCGCUUUUUCCCUGGUAUUCGGCCGGCGGCAGGAAACAGACCGUAUAAGACUCAUGUCCACAAACAAGCGAGACGAGUGAAUUAAGGGGUAGUUUAUCAUUAGCAGAACAAUGGACGAUUACAGAAAUUCGCCGACAACUAAAUUCUGUGCUGACUUAUUCCCUGGUAUGCCUUCUUUUUUGCGUGACCACGUGACAAGGCGGAAAUGUUGGUGGACAAAACAAUAGCGUAAUUUUUUCCCCGCAAAAUUUGCAUGAAAAAACUUUAAUUCCCAGCGAAGAAAAACGCUUUUGUAUUUGUCUACCACCAUGGCCUUCAUGACGUCACCUUAAUAUGAAGAAUAAAGGUUUACUCAGAUUGUUGUAUAUUCGCUGCAAUAUCGCUUAUACAACCUGUCAACAAUAUCAAAACAGUCUCCAGGUUAGGAGGAAUUCAUUGGAAAUUAAGAAAUCCACCAAAACAGCCCUUUUCCAAUCUCUCUUGACUCUCUCGAUCUUGCAUGGCCUAGCGUUAAAAGUGACAACAACGAAAAGGGAAGCCAUGUUUUCUAGACGUCGUUGUCAACAAAAUGCAAUUCUUUUACUUGCCUGUGUAGCGUUGUUUGUCCUCUUUAAAUGGCUAUUUGUCUCCAAAAUAUUUGGAAAAAAUGAAAAAUGUCUGGUGUAUAGUCCUGCUUAUCCUUCUGCUGGAGGACCAGGCUGCAGUCUGCGAUGUGUCGAAAAAGAGGGAAAGAAAACUGCGAUGUAUGGCGCGGUGUUUCAUGGUGACAGUCACCAAACCUGGCCGAAAGAUCUUGUCGAGAACAUGAAACUUGCCGCCACAAUUUUGAAAAAGCAUGGGCAGCCAAAAACUUUAAACACAGAGGGUAGAUUAGUUCUUCAUCUGGCGUUUGACUACUACUGCUGCUACACGGAAGAGGAGUGGAUUAAAAUCUGGAACUUUUUGAACCCGUAUUCUUGGGAACCUCCCGAGAUAUGGUUUGAUAAAAUAGAAUGUGCUAUCCACGGCUACAAUGAUGCAGUUUCUCUUGUGCUAAUGGUUGGUAAAAAUUCACAAAAGGAUUUGACUCGAUGGGCGCUAAAAAACGAGCGAUAUCUCGAAAUUAGAACUGAUGUACACAAACAUAUUCCACACACACGUCUGCAAAACUUUCAUAUGACUCUUGGAACUGUAAAUCAAAGCUACUUUCCAGUGAAAUCAGCAGUUGAAGAAAUCAAUAGAGUUAUUCCACCAGGAAAAUGGCACAAAACUCCUGUUAUUCUCCGCCAACCGGUUUGCCAUAGAUGCGAAAGGCUGAUGAAACAUUUGUAAAAUUAAUAAAACGGAGAAAAACAAGAGGCCAUAAACUGUGGUAAAAGUCAAAAGAAGACAAUUUAUUCUCACGGUGAUGCAUUGUAACUGUUAUUUAGCUAAUUGGCUUGUACUUAUAUUACCUCCGUUAGAACAACGGGUCCCCCGGAAUAAAAUCUUGGUAAAUGUAAUAAACGCCAUACUUUCCUCUCGCGUCAUAUAGACUGAACGAUCACGACAAGAAGGCAAGAAAGACUUUUUCCAAGUGAUGUAGAAUAGAGAAUUGUUAUAUAUAAAGCACAUGCUCGUAUAUAACAACUAUAUCGAAAUGAUCUCUAUUCUGUUUGGUGAAGUUGCGUGGGAGAAGAAGAGAUUAUUAUCCUCGCGUGACUCUUGAUCCUCGCGUGACUGUAAUAAGUGACAACAAGGAAAGCGAAGCCAUGUUUUCAGGAAGACGCAAUCAACAAAAUUGCAUCGUUUUGUUCGUUUUGAUCGCCUGUUGUGUGCUGUUUUUACUCUUUAAAUGGCCAUUUGUCUCCAAAAUAUUCGGCAAAAAUGAAAAAUGUCUGGUGUUUAGUCCUGCUUAUCCCUCUGCUGGAGGACCAGGCUGCAGUCCGCGAUGUGUCGAAGAAGGAGGAAAGAAAACUGCGAUGUAUGGCGCGGCAUUUUAUGCCGGUGACAACCACCAAACGUGGCCGAAAGAUCUUGUCGAGAAUAUGGAACUUGCCACCUCAAUUUUGAAAAAGUAUGGUGAGCCACGAAGCCUAAACACAGAGGGCGGACGAAAACUUCAUCUCGCGUUUGACUACUACUGCUGUUACACCGAGGAGGAGGGGAUUAAAAUUGGGAAGUUUUUAAACACUUAUUCUUGGGAACCUCACGAGGUACGGUUUGAUAAAAUAGAAUGUGCUAUCCACGGCUACAAUGAUGCAGUUUCUCUUGUGCUAAUGGUUGACAAAAACUCACAAGAGGAUUUGACUCGAUGGGCGCUAAAGAACGAGCAAGAUCUCGAAAUCAAAACUGGUGUACACAAACAUAUUCCACACACACGUCUGCAAAACUUUCAUAUGACUCUUGGAACGGUAAAUCAACGUUAUUUUCCAGUACAAUCGGCAGUUGAAGAAAUCAACCGAGUUAUUCCACCAGGAAAAUGGGACAAAACUCCUGUUAUUCUGCGCCAACCGGUUUGCCAUAGAUGCGAGAGGCUGAUGAAACCUGUGUAAAACUAAUAAAACGGAGAAAAACAAGAGGCCAUGAACUGGCUGAUGAAACCUGUGUAAAAUUAAUAAAAACAAGAGGCCAUAAACUGUGGUAAAGUCAAAAGAAGACGAUAUAUUUUCACGGUUAUGUAUUGUAACUGUUAUUUAGCUAAUGGGCUUGUAUUUAUAACCUCCGUUAGAAUAACGGGUCCCUCGGAAUAAAAUCUUUAGUAAUUGUAAUGAACUCUAUGCUUUCUUCUCGCGUCAUAUGGACCGAACGAUUACGACAAGAAAGCAAGAAAAACGUUUUCCAAGUAAUGUAAAAUAAAUUAUUGUUGUAUAUAAAAAGCACAUGCUCGUAUAACAACUAUAUGGAAAUGAUCUCUAUUCCGAGGUUUGGUGAAGUUACAUGAGAAAAAUAGUGAUUAUUACCCUUGCGUGACUUUUUGAUUCUCGCGUGACUGUAAUUUUGAAUAGAUCGAAGUGACAACAAGGAAAGGGAAGCCAUGUUUUCUGGAAGAAGCAAUCGAAAAAAUUGCGCUGUUUUGUUUGUUUUGAUCGCCUGUUCUGUGCUGUUUUUUCUCUUGAAAUGGCCAUUUAACACCAAUGUAUUUGGAAAAAAUGAAAAAUGCCUGGUUUACAGUCCUGCUUUUCCAACGGCUGGAGGUCCAGGCUGCAGUCCACGAUGUGUCGAGAAAAGAGGGAAGAAAACUAAGAGAUAUGGUGCGGCGUUUUAUAAUGACAACCACCAAACGUGGCCGAAAGAGCUUGUCGAGAAUAUGCGAUAUGCUGCCUCGAUUUUGAAAGAGUUCGGUAAGCCACAAAGUUUAAACACGGAAGGUAGAGGAACUCUUCAUCUUGCUUUUGACUACUACUGCUGCUACACGGAAGACGAGGCGAUUAAAAUUGGAAAGUUUCUUGAUAGUUAUUCUUGGGAACCUCACGAUGUAUGGUUUGAUAAAAUAGAAUGUGCUAUUCACGGUUACAAUGAUGCAGUUUCUUUGGUGCUUACGGCUGACAAAAGUUCGCAAAAGAUUUUGACUCGAUGGGCACUGAAGAACGAGCGAGAUCUAAAAAUCAAAACUGGUGUAAAGAAACAUAUUCCACACACACGUUUGCAAGACUUUCAUAUAACUCUUGGAACUGUAAAUCAAAGCUAUUUUCCAGUGCAGUCGGCAGUUGACGAAAUCAACAGAGUUAUUCCACCAGGAAAAUGGCACAGAAAUCCUUUCAUCCUGCGCCAACCAGUUUGUCAUGGAUGCGAGAAGUUGAUGAAACAUGGACGUCUAUAA